AUGAAGUUCUUGGUAUUAGCACUCUGCGUAUAUGCUGCAAGUGGGGCUUCCUUCAACAAUCCCAACUUUGGUUUCAAGCCAUGGCAAACAGGAAACGUCGCCAGAACAACACAAACUGGAGGCUAUGCCAAAGCUACAGCACAAGUUUCCGUACCGGUGACCCAAACUGUUGAUCCUGUUGUAGAUGUAGCCAAAACUGUUGUAGAGCCUGUUGUACAAGUAGCUAAAGUUGUCACUCCCGUCAUACAAGAAUCUAAAGUCAUCACUCCCAUCGUACAGUCCAGAGGAGCGACACCUGUAGUGCAGGUAGCCAAAUACGCUACUCCUUACGCUGAGCCCAUAGAAGUUGUCAGCAAGGACGCCUAUGCUGAAGUCCUCCGCUCAGAGACCGAGGUUCACCCAGAAGGCUUCCAAUAUACGUACGAGACCUCCAACGGACAGUACCAAUAUGUUGGUCGUGAUGGUGUGCCCGUCACCGUCACCUACGUCGCCGAUGAGAACGGAUACCAACCCCAGGGUGACCUCUUACCAGUGGCUCCUCCAGUACCAGUAGCUAUCGCUCGUGCUCUCGAGUUCGUCCGCACUCAUCCUUCUAAAGUAGAAACAGUCAAAAACUAUUGA